AUCCGCAGGAACAAUAUUUUUAGGACAAAGGCAGUAUCACGCAAUACACAAACCCAUAACGGUUCAUAGUUUUAAAGUGUCAAAUGUUGAUUAUAAAGGGAAAAUAUGAAAAUUCCUCUUCACGAACAAUUAUUUCAUUGGCGUAACUGUUUCUACGGGCUUUUAUUUUUCAGAUUUUCACCUUGGGAAAUUUCACUUUGAGGAAGUUACCUAUGUAACUGUUACAAUAAGUGAUAAAUAGUAAAGUGAAAUUAACAGUCAGAGUAUCUCCCUCGUAUCGGCCUAUAGUAAAUUAACAGUAUAUACAAACAUAGCAAGGGAUAAAAGUAACUACUGUUACCGCUUAAUAAAUAUGAUAUAUAUAUAUGAUUAUGAUGACCCAUGUGUACAUCCUUCACGUAAAUAUUUUCUACUUUAAAAAAUAGUCAAAUGUUUCACUCGAAUACAUAUUAAUUAAAACUUUUGAACUAACAACAAAUCCUGACACGCAUCAAAUGAUUAAAAAUGUUAGUAAACAAGGCUUAAUUUACUUUUGUGAUUUAACGCAUGAACGUAAAAUGUUACAUAUACAUUACAUGGUGUGAAUAAACCAACUUUAUGAUGGUCAUUGCAGGUACGAUUUGCGAAACAACUUUACAAUACCAUCAUAUAUACAGCGGUUCAACUUAUGAAGAUUUGUAUCCUUUUCAUGAUUAUGUAUGGUACAACACAACAUUUUGGGACGGAUAUAUGCGUGUUGCCUGGAAGGAUAAUAUUGGCCCUCAAUGCAAAAAUAUAUUUAAAAACCACUACUUUCUAGUCCUAACAGAUGAACAUAAGGAUAUAAUUGAAUUCAAAAACAAUUUAACUGUGCUACAAGCUUGCAUUAUGUCCCAAGACGAAGUAUGUGCAAGCAACACAACUGUAGAUGUUUUGUAUUGUGAUGGGGAUUUGAUGUACAGAUUUUCAGACAACAAAAUAUGGUCACUUGAUUACAUAGGACGUGUUUAUAUCUGCUUUGAUAAAAUAUAUUUCAGCAAUUGUUCAACACCAGGACUAGAUUUGCCAGCAGAACAUCUUAACAGUAGCGCAAAACUUGUUAAAGUCAAUUUUUCUGAAACUGAAAUUGGUUGGUAUAACAGUAUGUAUGAUGGUCAAAACUACAUAAUACCUUUGAUAAAAGAUAUAAACGUCAUCUCUGCAGUAUGUUACGGUGAUGACGGGAUUGGAUUAUAUAGUCAAGAUGAACAAUAUUUGGACAUUGGUGACGUAGCAGAGGGACAAAGAGUUUGUGAAGUUUCAAAAAGUGAAUAUUAUUUUCAUGAAUCGGCGGUAUGGAGACCUUCGUAUAUUUGUGAUCGGCAUGUCUAUGUUAGAUCAUGCCAUGGCAAAAUACAAUUGGAUUUGACACUAAAACUUUCUUACGAAGGAUAUAAAUGUCUCGUUCAGAUAGAUGUUGUAAAGGUUAUACCAGAGAUUCGACACACGGUGAAAUAUGCUGAUGAUGGACUGAAAAUCUAUAAACAAUAUGACCCUUUUCUGCAGUUCAAAUGUUCAUUCAAGAUGUUAGAAAACCUCAUGUACAUUGUGAAAUGGUACCUAAAUGGACAUUAUGUGACAGAAAAGGGACCUUCAAGGCACGCAAGUGUUCUUGCUAUAAAAGAAGAAGAACUUGGCGUAAACAAGCUUAAUUAUAAGGUAAAGUGCGCUGUUUCCGUACAUUCAAAGAAUCGGUCUGAUCCUAUUGAAACAACAAGCGACGAUUUUUUCGCUGGAUUUAUGAUAAUAGAUCCCGAUGUUUCAUUAAGUAAGUCAGGCAAUGAAAUUAUAACUGUGGAACAAACUGUUCCGGUAGGAUGUGCUUACAAUGAUACUUCUUCUCCAACAUGUGAGGAUACAGUCUCUGUGGUUGAUAAAAACCUCGAGCAGAAUAUAUGUUCAAAUGGUGUUUUUGCAACCAAUGCUAAUUCUCCGGAUACACCUUAUUACGUUUUCAAGACACUGAAACAAGAUGAAAUUUGGGAUGGUAUGACAAGGUUUGCGUUUAAGCUUGAAACAGUUGACAGAACAUAUGACGAUAAGGAUACGUAUGAUCUUUUUAUAACACACAGCGGUACAAAUGCAAAGUCUUCUGGAGACACUUGCGAUGCCAAGGUUACAGUUACCAACUUGGAAUACAGUAAAAACAAAAUUUGUUACUCCCAUGUAGAUUCACAUAUGCUCACCGGAAACGGCAGACCGUACGAGCAACAGAGAGAGGGUGACUUUAUUCUUUACAGAAACAUGUAUUCCGCUAAAGAUGAGAUUCUAGUUCUUGAAAGGGCAGGGUAUUGUUUUGGUAAUUCUGGACCUGUGUGUGCUUGUGCUAUCAUUGUUCGAGCCGGCGCAGACGCAUUUAUGAUAAAUCGUUGUAACGGGCAACCGUUCGAAGUUAAAUUCAUUCAAUGCGGCAAUGGUGGAAUUAUUGAAGUUGUAAGAAUAAGUGACAGUAAAUAUGAGAUAUACACUCCAAUUGGUUCUAAAAUUUCAAUCCAUCUAUUGGAUGGAUGGGCAAACGGUCGCAAUAUGAAUGUGGAUAUAUAUCUAUCAUCGAAGGAUGAAGGACGCACAGAUGGACUUUGUGGACAGUAUGACAAGAACGAUUCUAAUGAUUUUCUCUUAAGAGAACAGGGUCCCAACAAAGACGUUGUUGAAAAUAAUGAUGACCAUAGAUUUUCUGAAAGUUGGAGGUUAAAGGACGGCGAAAAUCUCUUCAAAGACAAUACAAUCUCAUUAAGGAAAUGGAAUGGUUAUGUACCUCCGAUAUGUCGUCGCACAGGUUCUAUAACCUUUACCAAAAUGGAAAAAUGUUCCGAGGCGGCGAAUAAAUAUGGAAGGAGGAAAAGACAUGAAAAAGAUGGACAUACUGUAAAAGUAAAGAGGAAUCAAUUGCAUGUAACUAGAGAUUUAGAUAGCCGUAAAAAGGUAUAUGUAAAUGUGUACAUUCAAACUUUACUGUGUUAUAGAACUUAAGUUUAAAAUAUUGAAUUAGAUUAUACUAAAAUUAUGUCCCUUUUAAGUCCUGAAGUAAACUUAGGGAUAAUUCCAAUAAGUUUAAAAUAUCAAACAUUAUGUUAUUCUUAUAACCAUUUGCAACAGCAAAUAUCUUUAACUCCAAGUUUGAUUAUGUUUUCUCUAGACCUCAGCCCUUUAGCGUAUCCCAGCCAUGCAAACAGAAGCUUGUUCCAACCACCUUUGCCAAAAGUAACUUCAUCGAAAGAUGGUGUGAAGGAACUUUUAAAAGGUCUUAACUUAAAGGAAGCAUCUGUUCCUGACUCCACGUGUACUAAAAGUGCUCCAUCAAGAGAUUACCACUAUACUGACCCACAUCUUUCAGAUCUCUUAAAAAGAUAACUGGAAGCAUGCAUAAAUUGCACUAGUUUAGGAAAAGAUCCAAAAUGCAAACCCAUCAUUUAUGGACCUAUCUCCAUCACAUCAUAGCGUCCAAAUUGAUGGAACACAUCUAAGUGUCCAAUACAAUGUUUUUUUAUGAUAAACACAACAUACUUAUCCCCUAUCAGGUCAAAACGAAGUUGUGAGUCCAAAUUAGUAAGCUUCUCCCAUGAAUUUAUGACAAUCUUGAAUGAGGUCAACAAACUAAUGUCAUAGUCUUGUUUCAGUAAGGCACUUGAUAAGAUGGACCAUCAAUAUCUGUAACUUUCAGGUGUCCCCCAGGGCUUGGUAUUAAGUCUCCUAUAUAAAUGGUCUACCUGAGAGUGUUAAAAGUAAGGUAAGGCUUUUUGCGCACGAUACUGUUGUCUUUCAAACAACGAUGCCCAAACUCUUCAAGAUGACCUACAUGCAUGAGAAUUAUGGGAUAAAUAACUGGUUCAUUGAGUUUAACCCUGAUAAUUUUCUAAUACUCUGAAUAACAAAAUCAACAAACCUUGUAAAUUUUCCUUAUACCCUCCAUAAUAUUCAACCUAAAUCAACCCAAGAAGCAAAACACCUUUUCUGUUGUCUUCACUAAAAUUAUUAAACAUUUUAUUUAAAGAGGUUAUGACCCUACUAAUUUAAUAUACAUACCGCACGCUUUAAACCUUUUGCAAUUAGACGCUUCGCUUUCUUCUUUUGAUUACAUCUGACGAACCUAAUGGGAUACUCCAUGAUGGACAGUUCUUAAAGCCCUUUGGGACUGAAUUGCCUUAAUGUUUGUUUUCUGCCUUGAUUCCUUGGGCCCUUGCAGGUGAUUUUCUUGAUGAUCUGUCUUCAUUUAAAACAAUUAAUACUUUUGCUAUGGUCAUUGGGUUUUCUGUUAUACUCAUAUAUUCUACAUGAUCAUUUCUAAGUUUUACUUACUUCACCUUUUGUAACCAUAACAACUGUUAGAAUUUCACUUUGCGGGGAUUCGUUCUAUUUACACUGUUUCGUAAAUAG